AGCUCAUUUCUCUGAUCAGACAAAGAGAGCUAGAGAGAGAGAGAGAGAGAGAGAGAGAGAGAGAGAGAGAGAGAGAGAGUUGGAGUUAGAGAAAAAAUGGAGGAGGUUGAAGAGCAGCAUGCUUUCUUAGAAGAGCUCUUAGCCCUAAGAAGAGAUACAUGGGAUCUCUCCUCCUUCUUUCUCCCUCUCUCCACCCCUCCUCCUGACUUCUUCUUCUUCUCCUCUCCCCCUGAACUCUCUACCUUCCCUCCUUCUCUUCCUCCUCCUCCUCCUCCUUCUCUUCCUCCUCCUCCUUCUUCUUCUUCUUCUUCUUUCACCGGAUUCAACUCCACCUUCGAUUCCUUUUCUCAAUUUUAUCAAGAUCCAAUCACAACUCCAGAUCUUCAUCCCUUCUCAUCCCCUCCUCUUCUCACUGACCAUUGCCUCACCGAUCCUCAUCCAUUCCUCGUCUCCCGAUCCAGGAAGAGGAAACCCGACGGCGCUCCGUCCAAGAAUCUCAUGGCUGAACGCCGCCGUAGGAAACGUCUCAAUGAUCGCCUCUCUCUUCUUCGUUCCAUCGUCCCCAAAAUCACCAAGAUGGAUAGAACAUCAAUAUUGGGGGACACAAUUGAUUACAUGAAGGAGCUUUUGGAAAGGAUCAAGAAUCUGAGUGAAGAAAUGGCACAAUUUGGAUUUGAUAACUCUAAAUUGCUCAACAUUUUCAAGGAGAUGAACUCUGAUGAUGUCUCAGUCAAGAACUCACCUCCUAAGUUUGAUGUGGAGAGGAGGGAUGGUGAUACAAGGAUAGAGAUUUGCUGCACUGGGAAACCUGGCUUGUUGUUGUCUACUUUGGAUAGUUUGGAGGUUUUGGGCCUUGAUAUUCAACAGUGUGUCAUUUCCUGUUUCAAUGAUUUUGGACUGCAAGCUUCUUGUUCUGAGGAUGUGGAGAAGAGGUCAGGGAUGGCAUGUGAGGAGAUCAAGCAAGCAUUGUUCAGGAGUGCUGGUUAUGGUGGGAAGGGUUUGUAACAAGAAACAUGAGCAAUCAAUGUGUUCAAUGUUUUGAAUAAUAAUCAAUUGUCAUAUUUUUUUUCUUCUGUAACUUAGUCAUCUAUGAUGUGAGAAGAAGAGAAUCUUUUUAUUUUUGUUUUUUUUGUUAUAUAUAUAUAUAUUAGAGUUGUGUUACUAUGUGACUAAUGAUUAUGUAAUUUUGUAAAAUGUUUAUUUCUGAGAAAUAAAUAUCAGAUGAAGCCAAACUUAGC